AUGUUUGCUAUAACCACGGAUGGUGCUAAAUCUAUGACUGGAGAGAAAAUAGGAGUAACAACAUUACUGAAAUCUGAUGUGAAGUCUAAUCACAGGCAGUUUCAACAGUUCUUGAGUGAGUUUGAAGCUGAAUAUGGUGGUGUUGUUGAGGAGGAUAGAUUGUAUUUGCAACAAAAUCUGGAUACUGUUUCCAAGCAGGAAGGGUUCAAUAAAAGUACAUGGACAAUUGAUUUGGCAUAUCUUCUUCAUAAAUUUGGUGUUCGGCAUCUCUAUGCUACUGUAACAUUAGGAGUUAAUCCAGGGUAUUCCAAAGAGGCUUUUUACCUCCAUGUUUUAAACAAAGAUACUCAAAGAAUAAAUGAAAGAUUCCUUACUGCUGAUGCUAAUGGUGUAAAAGUUGAAAAAAGAUCUGUUGAAAUGGAAGAAAUAAUCGAUCAUUUAGCUUCUGGUAAUCCAGCAAUUGUUCUUGUGAAUGCUAAUUUGUUGUAUUGUGAUACAUGUCACACUAACAAGUGCCUGAUGAAAAUUACCAGCUACUGCAAUAUUUCUUUUUCAUACCAAGGACAUUUCAUUGUACUGUGUGGAUUUGAUAAAAGGGAAAACAAAGUUCUAUAUCGAAACCCUUCAGUAUUGAAUAGUGUAUUGUUACUACACGGUAAUACUCUACUCUACACUGCCCUUUUAAUGGUUAUGACAGUUCAGGAUAUGAAAUUUGAUUGUUUAACAGAGGUUUGUACAAUGCCUUAUGAUUCUUUUGAGAAUGCCAGAAAGAGCUUCGGAACAGAUGAAGAUGUGCUCUUUGUAUACUUCACUUCUUGAUGUUUUAAAGUUCCUAUAACUCUGCUCACCAGAAAGAUAGUCCUGUCCCAAGAAAGGGGUUGUAUUGUUUCAAAUGGGUAAAAGUAGUUUGAAAAGGGUAGAUUUUAGAACUUAAAACUUAGUAACUAUUAUCUAAUUGUGAUGAAUCAUUUAUCAGAUCAGCAUUCCUUUGUGUUAACUUUCCCAUCUAGAAAGUUAAUUAACCUUUCCUUGUGUUUGAAAAGAUCAUAUUAUUUAUUGCUUUCAUAAUUCAAGUAUUAUCUAUGAUUGUUUACGAUUAAACAUUCAUAUGCAUUUUUCCUAAAACUUUCUCAUACUAUUUUGUACAGAAAAAUGAAAGUUUUUCAUAAAGUGCUAAGAAAAGGAAUUUAUAUAUAUAUAUAUUAUAUAUAUAUAUAUAUAUAUAAAAGCAUACUGCUCUGCUUUUUUGCCACAUCUCAUAUUUACUGAUUGUUAUAGUCUAAUGAGCUAAAAUUUUUAUCAGUAUACCAAAGUAUGCAAAAUGAUGUGCCAUGUAAAUCUAAAAUAUGUCUGAAAACUGUGCUGUUAUUUUAAUUCAUGUUUUAUCUCUAAGAGAUACCUAGUCUUAAAUCUUUAUGUAUUUUCAGAGUAUGAUUUUUAAAGUUUAAUGAAAACGACUACAUUAUUUUUGCAGCAUUAUUUAUAUUCAUCUGUUUGUUCUGUGCUAACAUUAUUAUGUAAAAAGUGAUUUCAAAUUGUAAGGAAUUACUUAGCUUAAAAGAAUUGCACUCGUAAUGUUUAUUGUUGGUGAACUCAAGUUUUGAUGAAGCCAUAUGAAUUAUUUUAUAAAAAGAUCGAACUUAUCAUGCCCAGCAACAAAACAGAUUCUAAAUCCUAAGAAAAAUUGAAAUAGGCAUUACUGUUUCUUAUCCAAUGCUGCUUGUGCAUUAUCUCAAGAAUGGCCAUAUGGUUUCUCCUGCUUUGUAUUGUUAUCCUCCUCCCUUUUUUGUGGAGGGCAAGAAAUGGAUCCAUAAUAAUAUUUAUACUUUCUUUUUUCCCUUAAACAGAGCUGAGACAUUCUUCAUAUUUAGAGUAUGGAAAUUAUAUAUACUGUGUUCUACAUUAUCUUUGAUUGAAAGAUUCCUUAGAUGAUCUACAUCUUUUAUAAUCUUUUUAGCAUUUUAUUUUAUUUUGUUCUGAAAGGUUUUACUUAUAGUGAUAUGCUAUUUAUACUGUUUUAAAAUGCUACAUUAUAUAUUAUACUACUAUAAACAAUGAAUUAAAAUUUUACAGAAAUCAGGGUUAUAAAUAAAUACUUGUUUCCAAAUCUAAUGUAAGUUAAGCAAAACAAUUGUUGGAUAUUUCUUAACCUUAUACCUGUGAAAUCUGUGACUUUAAUGCAGUAAUUCUGAAAAUAAAACUGUUUAUUUAGAUAUGUAGAUUGUAUAACAUAGCAACCACACUUUGCAACUAUUUUUUAAAUGAAAUUUACCCUUAGCUGACAAAGUGUUAUGUUUGUGUUCAUUAAUAUGGAGAUCUGCUAAAAUAACUGCGUUUUAAGUUUCAAAGGAAUUGAUUUUAUUCAAUUUUAUUAAACCGGUUCUUAUUUAAAAAAAAAAACAGAGUUUAUUGUGUAGAAGUUAUAACAAAAAAGAUAUUUAUAUAUAUUUUUUAUUAGAGAAAUUUAACUGCAGAAAUGG